UUUACUUCCUCUUUUGAAACGGAAAUGUUCCAAGGCACCCCAAUACUGGCGGAAAAAAUGAAUCUUGAUGACAGUGUAUCUCAGAUAUCGUCUAUGUGUCCUUCUUUCACAUAUGAUGAAAUUAAACACGAUCUAUCCAUCACAAACAGCGUUGAACGGACAGUUAAUCGACUUCUGGACAAAUCUAUUUCUGAUAAAAGUGAAACACAACCAGUGAUGGAUUUCAGUAGUGAUGAUGAAGAAUUACCUGUCAUUUUCAAACCUUCCAGUAAACCAAAUUUAUGCAAAGCAAGUACAUUAAAUAAGAUUUCAACUGAUUCAAGUGCCAAACCAUCAAAUGAACAGAUUUCAAUUAUACUAGAUAGUGAUGAAGAAAAUAAACAAAGUACUAAAAUAAAUAUAGCAGCUAAACCAGUGUAUCAUAGUAUGUCAGAUAGCUCAGAGGAUGAACCCUGUUUGCCUUCUCUAAGAGACAGAAUAUUGGGUAGUGUAUCCAGCAACAGUUCUAAACAUACCAGCACAGAAACCAGCCCACUUUCAAGACCUGUCUCUGCUUCAAAGAGGGAACUUCCCUUAGAGAACAAUAUGAAAAGAAAUAUUUUAAAUUCAGGAAAUCUAGAUAGUGAAUUUCAUUCAAAUGAAGGAGAGUUUUCAGAGAGAUCAGACUAUAGUGAUCAAAGCACAGAAAGAUGGAGCACUCGCAGUGAGAGCCAGUCUAUUAGAACCUUGUCACAAUCCUCUGAAUGCAGUGGUGGGGAAGUUAUAAAGAAAAAAAGAACAAAGGAAGAAAUUUUAAUCCUAAAGAGAGAAGCUGAGAAAAGAAAGAGAGAGAAAAAGAAAGCCAGAGAAGAAAAGGUACUAGAGAAAGAGCAGGAAAAACAAAGAAGGGAACAAAUUCGAAAUGCAGAAAGAGAAAUGAAGAAACAGAUGGGUGGAUCUAAAGACUGUUUGCAGUACAUGAUUUUGGUGUUGGAUACUCGCAUAGUGAACUCUGGGGGGCAUGGAGUGGCCAUUUUUAAGGCUUGUGAGGCACUGGGGAUACAAUAUAUCACAGAGGAACAGACAGUACCCUUCAGUAUCACAUGGAAAAGACAAAUCACCAGUAUUAAUGUUUCUGAAGAAAAUCAGGUUAAAACAGUGAACUCUGAGCAAUUGGAGGAUGACGUUCUUGUUUUACUUCCUGUGGCUGACUUUGUCAUGUUUGUGCAGAAUCAUAAAAAGGGCCAGUAUGGAGCAGAAAAUGAAGGACCAACACUUAACAGCUAUGUACAUACAGUAAAACAACAUUUACCCAAGUCCAUUUUAUCUUUUGUGGUCAUAGGGAUGGAAAAAUAUUUCAGAGAUCAGAAAACAAAGGUUCAGAGGAAACACCGAGCUGCCGUACUGUCCAGCGAGCGAGUGGACACCAGCGCUGACACCAGCAGUGUCAACAGGCUUGAUGUCGAAGAGGCAAUAACAGACAACCAGCUACAGACGGAUGUAAUGGUGUAUCUACUGGAGACCUCUGAGGAACUUGCUGAGUUUGUACGCACCUUCUCAAAGGCAGUGGCAGAGAAACCUGCAAAAAAAGGCCGUCUGCAGUCUGCUUUCUUUGAUGAUGGUAUAGCAACAGUAAAAGUGGACAAGAAUGGACAUGGUCUUCUGAAAGUUUGGAAGCAGCAGCUGAUGCAGUUUAAAAAUAUCAGUCCUGAUAUUGCUGAUGCAAUUGUUGUGGCUUACCCAUCUCCACACCUACUAAUGGAGGCAUACAGAAAAUGCAGUGAUUCAAAUGAACAACAGAAAUUGCUGGAAAAUAUUGUUGUAAGAAGAGGGGCUGGUGUGUUGGAGACGUCUCGCAGAGUAGGAAAAGAAAUGUCCAGAAGAAUCUUCACUUUUAUGCUCAGUGACAAUCCUAAUGAAAUCAUAAAAUAAUGUGCAGUGUAUUGAUGAACAGAUUUAAAAAAAAAAAAAAAAAAAAAAUGAAGGGCCCUGAAACAAUACUCUCAUUGUCAUUUUAUAUCAAUGUGAUUUUUAUUGAAUCAGAUUUUUUAAACUUGCAUUGUAUGUUCUUAUUAAAGGAUAGCAAAUUAAAUUGUUUUCACAUAUGACAAAUA